CGUCUCUUCUGUUAGUCUACCUAAUUUCAUUUGACCGCCACUAGAUUAGUCGUUCCAAUAUAAUUAAUUUCCCCAUUUCACUUAUUCAAACGCCACCAUUUUUGCAUCAUCAUGAUUAACAGUUAAAACCACUUCAUCCCCAUCUUCUUAUUCUCCUGUUUCAUCGGACAAAAUGCAUCCCUUCCACCUCCCUUGGUCUUUCUUCUUCUUCAUCAUCAUCACCUUCGUCUUGAUCCAUGCUCCUAAAUUUGCAUCCCCUGUGGAUGAACAUUAUCUGAACUCCAAGGGGACUUUCGCCUGUGGAAGCAUUGAGAAUAUUGGCUAUCCCUUCUGGGGUUCAGACAGGCCGGACUAUUGUGCCUUCCCGGGGUUCCAGCUGAACUGCAGUGACUUAACCCCCGAUGUCAGAGUCAUGUCAGCAACAUACCACGUCCUUGGAAUCAACAACGAGAACCGGCUCCUCACCUUGGCCGGAACCGAUUAUCUAGACAACCUCUGCCCCACCUUCCUAAUCAACACCACUCUGAAUCCUGACCUCUUUGAAUUUACUUCCGACUCUCAGGAUAUAAGCCUCUAUUAUCGUUGCCCUCCUCCUCCAACUCAAUACCAAAUCAGGGACUUGAGUUCUUCAGUAAUUUUACUUGUAAUCUCUAGCCAAAGGAUUUGGGUUGCAGUGGAAUGCAAAAUAAUAGCUUAUGUGAUCGUUGCAGAGGCUCCGGCGGGCAAUGUGGCCACCACUUUCUAUGUCACUGUUCAGUUCGAGUCAACAAAAUCAUGCUCCCUAGUCAACGGUCAACUCACUUGCCCUUUCAAGCCGGUCAGCUUUCUUUUCUCAAAAUGCAACACCUAUUCUGCCCCUUCCCUCUCCUCAGGCAUUCACGAUGCUCCCUCUCUUUUCCUCUUCCUGCUCAUCUUCCCCCAUUCCGCCCAUGGAACGCAUUCCUCUGCCCAAAACAACACUUCCACCUUCCCCAACUGCAACCAGACCUUCUCAUGUGGGGGCCUCCAAAACCUCUCUUACCCAUUCAUCGGCGGGCCUCGUCCGUCAUACUGCGGCCCACCGGGCUUCUUCCUCACCUGCACCGACGACGAAAUCCCCCAGUUAAUUAUGGACUCACUGAGUUAUAGGAUCAUCCAACUCGACCGAAACAUAGAGAGCAUAAUGCUUUCCCGCUCGGAACUGUACAACAACACAUGUACCCUCCAAUUUGCUAACACCAGUCUGAGUUCCCCUUUAUUCAAUCUCAGCCCAGACAGCAAAAACCUCUCGCUGUUCUAUGAGUGUACUCCGGUCCAGGUCCAGGUGUAUAUCCUGGAGAACCUGUUCUGGUGCGGGGAUGGGAAUUUAAGUAGUGCCGCGUACGAUGUGUUGGGUCCAGUUCCGAAUGAUCCCAUAUUCAAGAUUAUUCGCUGUAACAUCAGCAUCAAACUGCCCAUGUUGCAAGCUGCGGCGGAUAAAAUUGAGACCAAUAGUUCUACUCUCAGGGAAGCUUUAAUGGAGGGAUUUAGCGUGAUUUAUACUACUCCAAAUGAGGACGAUUGCGUUAGGUGUCGUGAUUCGGAUAGGGACUGUGGGUUUUUGGAUCAUUUUGUUUGCAUUUGUGGUGAUCGAAUUUGUAACAUACCAGACAAGAAAAAAAUACUACUCAUUACAGGCCUUAUAGCCAGUGGAGUAAUUUCUGGUAUUCUUCUGGGAGUGUGGUGUUUAUUAUGGAUACAGAGAAGAAAGAGAAUUGCUGCUCAAUCUCAAAGCAAAGACUUGGCUGCAACUCCUCCAUUAGGCAAAGGCCUGGGCCCUACUACUCCCUCCACUACUCAUUCUGAAAGCUUUCCUUCUUAUCCCUCAGUAAAGUCUGACCUAGAAAAAGGAAGCACCUACUUUGGAGUUCAGGUCUUCGGCUAUGCUGAGCUUGAAAAAGCAACUGAUAAUUUUGAUCCUUCUAAAGAACUUGGAGAGGGGGGUUUUGGCACUGUUUACCAUGGUGUGCUCAGUGAUGGGCGUGUUGUGGCAGUAAAGCGCCUGUUUGAGAAAAAUCUCAAACGUGUUGAACAGUUCAUAAAUGAAAUUAAGAUCCUAGCUGACAUACGACAUCCGAAUCUCGUGACACUAUAUGGAUGCACCUCAAGGCACAGCAGAGAACUUCUCCUUGUGUAUGAAUACAUUCCUAAUGGAACUGUGGCUGAUCAUCUUCACGGGAGAAGGGCAAAGUCUGGCUUGCUUACUUGGCCUGUUCGGUUGCGCAUUGCCAUAGAGACUGCUAAUGCUUUAGCUUACCUUCAUGGUAAAGAAAUCAUACACCGUGAUGUCAAAACCAACAACAUUCUUCUAGACAACAGUUUCCAUGUGAAAGUGGCUGAUUUUGGUCUGUCUCGACUUUUCCCCAAUGAUGUUACCCAUGUGUCAACUGCUCCACAAGGGACCCCUGGCUAUGUUGAUCCUGAGUAUUAUCAGUGCUACCAUCUUACAGACAAAAGUGAUGUAUAUAGUUUUGGGGUGGUGUUGAUUGAGCUCAUUUCUGCAAAGCAAGCACUGGAAUUUUUUCAAGAAAGUGAAACUUCUACCCCUCAUUUGAGGCGCGCGACCAUUAGGUCGCAAGUUGGUGGAGUUCACGGUGGUGGCAGAACUCAAAACCCUGACCUCCGCCUCACCCAAGCCCUAAAGUUUGGGGACCAACCAAUUGAGCCACAAGUCCGUUGGUGAUUAUAUUUUUUUAUUAAUUUGAAUGAAAAACUAAAAAUAAAAUUUAUUUUUAAUAUGAAUGUAACAUAUGUAUGAUUAUAGUUAAGAGAUCAGUAAAAUUAAAAUUAAUUU